UAAGGGCGGACUGUGGCAGCAGGACAGUCAAGUAUCUGAGGUUGUGUCCAGGAUGGAAACCUUGGUGACUUUGUGCACUCUACUCUCAUUCCUCUUUUCUGCUCAUGCAGAUGUUGUGGGACGCUUCGAGGAUGCACCAGAAUGCAUGAAGUACUUCUAUAAAGAGAAGGUGCCAGAGUGGGGGGCUUCAACACCUGGUGCUGCCCGUCUUUGUCACCGCUUUGUCAACAGGUACCACUUUGCCACACUGUAUGACACCAACCAUCGUAUUGCUGUCUACUCUGCCUAUCAGUUCCAGCCCAGCAAUGGAGGUGGCAGGGAGAGAAGGUGGUUUGUUGAGCCUCAGCUAGUAGACAUUACCUGGCAAGCAGGGAUGAAGGAUGGAUACUGGCUGGGAAAAGACCACCCUGGGGUCUACCUUGGAGAGAGACAGGCUCUGAAUGAGGACUACACACACUCUGGCUUCGACCGUGGUCACCUCAACCCCAACGGACACCAUGCAGUCCCUAGCCGCAAUGCCACUUUCACUCUGACCAAUGUGGUUCCUCAGAACCCCAAGCUGAACCAAAAUGCCUGGAGGAUCCAUGAGUCCCAGCUCACUGACCUUUUCCGGGACAAGUGCUCUAAGGCCUAUGUGCUGGUUGGUGCAGUUCCCUCUGCAGACAACUGGAUUGUCAAAAACAAUGUGAAGCGUGUCAACAUCCCAGAUUACUUGUGGAAUGCCUACUGCUGUGUGGACAACAAUGACAGUCCCAUUCAGAGUGGUGCUGCCACAGCGAGGAACACAGAGGACAACUGGGUGGAAAGGCUCUCUCUGGAUGAGCUGGGAGAAUUCCUGCAGCAGUUCUCCAAUCAACCAGUAGGGGAGUUGUUUUACAACAACUGCAGGGCAUGAAAGAUAACAGAGGGACGAUGAAAACACAGAUCAGUUGCCAUUGCCCUUUAAUUGCCCUUUAGAGUUGUAAAUCCACAAAAAGCAAAUAUUCAUAAUAAUUCAAGAGUGGUAAAACUGUAAAAACAAAUUUCACAAUGUUGUCAAUAUGGUGCAUGUUACCAUGUAACAUUAAAAGACUAAUAGUUCUCAUUAAACCACAAACAGAUGAAUAAAAAUAAGUAGCAGAGGGAUAAA